CACACUAUAAGAAUAUGAGCUGGAGCUGCAAUGCGUUUCUUGCUGUGCCAAGAAGGGAGAAAUAAAAGGAUACACUCCGACGUGAUAAACAUAGCCAUGAUGAGAAUGAAGUAAUGAAGGCCUCAAGGCAGGGUCCUUGGAAGCGAGCCAGGCCCCCCUAUGGGUCUGAGGCGAAUUGGGUCAUACAGGAACGCAAACCUGUUGCCAAAUCCACUAAUUCACUCUUCUGCUCGCAUCCAAUUAUGUAUAAGAUUCCGAAUUGCCUUCUCGUCAUGUUUCCCUUGCCUUGUUAACUCGCCCUCACAAUGCCCAGCGAAGCCAAAGCGCCAUUCAACAAUGCAAAGGCAGACAUUGUCCUGCUUUCUUCUGACAACGUCAACUUCCGUGUCUUCCGCUGUAUUCUCGCACUUGCCUCCCCAUUCUUCGAGGCCAUGUUCGACCUUCCCCAACCACAAAGAAACCACUCUGCCGAUGAGACGUUCGACGGUCUAGACAUGAUUCAGGUAUCGGAGAACAGCAGGACGCUCGACAUGCUGUUGAGAUUCUGUUAUCCGGCAGCCGUAAAAGAUCCCAGUUUAAAGGACACGAAUGAUGUGGAGAAAGUCUUAGAGGCAGCAAUGAAAUACGGAAUGGAAGAAGUUGAAGAGAGGGUGAGGAAAGCCAUGGUUGCCCCGUCCCUUCUAGAGAGAAAUUGCGUGCGCAUCUUCGCGAUUGCGUGCCGAUAUGGUCUCGAACCGGAAGCCGAGACUGCAGCAAGAUAUUCGCUUCAUCAUCCAGCCCCAACACAGGAUACUUUUGCCACAGCACUCCUUCCUAAUCACAUCAGUCAGGGUCUUGUCACAUAUCGCUCGAAAUGCAGCCAUGCCGCUAGAACGCUUUGCGACAAUCUGGACUGGCUGAAGCAAUCACAGACGCACAGCUUCUACGAGUGGUGGACAAACUGUUGUCCAUGUGACUCGAAAGCAGACGUCAGGUACCUGACGCAUGGCACUUAUCCGCGGGAUUGGUGGGCAGAUUACAUGGACGAGACAUCCGUUGCCUUGGAAGAGUUUCCAUGUGGCGCAGCAUUGACGAAAAACUUGGCAAAAGCUGUCGAGAGGGCAAACAGUUGUCCCUCAUGUCGACGGCGUGCGCAUAGCCAGAUGGUUCAGUUCACCGGGACUUUUGCGCGGGAAUUGGACAAAGUGAUUGCCGAGAUUCCUCUAGGUAUUGCCAUUUGAUGGAGAAACCACCUGUGCUGUGCACUUGCGCAUCAAAAAUCAGUGGGGGACCGCUAGGUUCAGCUGUUUCGUUCCAUCACCGUCACAGCUGAACCAGCUUGAAGUAGAAUCACCCUGUUAUCAAGGACUUACUAGUAGAGCCAGGCACAUCUGCUGGCCGGAUAGCGCAUAAAUAUUUUGGUAUCGCACAUCAUGAUCAUCGUAUGCCAAUAUAAACACAUCCACGCUUUCCCAAGAAAAGCGACCCAUAUGCAACAGCAUCGAUCCUAUCUGGAAGGAAGUUCAUGGGCAUUGACUGAAUGGGCGGUGAGAGAUCAGGUGUUUGUUGAGAGUUAAGUUCGAGAGUAAGUUCGAUUUAAGUUUAGACCAUCCCAAGCAAUCCCAAAGGGGAACUUGUUCG